AUGUCGAACCCGGUGGCGCAAGCAGUGAUGCGAUGCAAUGUGGAUGUGAAGUACAUUGGACGCAAUUUUUCAGAAGCAGACCUUUUGAAGUUUUGUGAUGGGAGCAUAGACCAGGAGCCUGGAGUCGAAGUUCCUGCUUCUGCAUCUUCUCUGUUGGAACUGUCCGGGAGUGGAUUGCAGGAGAUGGAACUUCAACGCCCGGCGUUUGGUUCGUCUUCGGAUGCUAUAUCGGGUGCUGAUGCCUCACAUGCAGAGCAACCUGUGUCGACUGAGUUGGAUGCUUCGGAUCCGCCGCCGAAGAAGCAAUGCAUGGGUCGUGUUUUGGACACGGAGCAUAAGAAGAUGCAGACGAUGAGAAAGGCGCUUGAGCGCAUUCUGGUGGACCUUGCAAGAGAUAUGAUGAAUGUUGGUUUUUACACUGGUGAGUAUGCUGCAAAGAAGUUUGAAAUUUCGCGGAGUAUGUUACCUGAAUUGUAUGCAGGAGUGCAGCGAUUGGAAGAGGAGGAAAGGGAAAGGGCAAAGGAAGCUGCAGCGGGCUCCGAGCAGGAGCCCCUGGAGGGGGACAGGGACCCUACUAUGACAGGGCAACAGAGGCGUGCAUUGACGAUUUUGAGAAGACUUGCCUUUGGAAUGAAUCGUUGUGUGGCCAAAUCCAACGGUGAAAUGGCGUAUCAGAUGUUAUUCGAGCAGGAGCAACUGGUCACGUAUCGUGGCUACAACAUGUUCUUCCGCUAUGUGCCGUAUGCAAUCAUGCGUUGCAGACAUGAGGACAUGGAGGAGGUUUUGCAAGCUAGGCCGCAUCUCAAUGGCUCGCCCUUGGAUGUGCUUCCUGACCCCGAAGGAGAGGCACCAGUGGUGGUGGAUGAGUUUGCGGAGGUUGUUGAUGAGGGAGGUGAUGUGCCCAGAGUCCAGCAGGUGCAUGUGAACUUCAACCAGAAAGACGAUUACUUGCACAGGGGCUCUUCGGUUUUGUUGCAAUGCAUGUCUCUUUUGAUGUAUUCUCGCUUCGUUCGCAGAGUUUCGAGGAACAAAGCCGGCAAGGUGGAUGGAGUGAAGUUUUUCGACUUUGAUGAGCACUAUGCCCACUUCAGUUCCUCCGUUCAGGAAGUGAGAGCAGCAGAUGACAGUGUUGUGGUGCCUUCAGAUUUGCACCUUCCGAAGGAUGCUGAGGUGCAGAAGUACGCAGCUCACAUGUUGGGAUUAUCUUUUCCAUUCCCAACGUGUUCUGGAGAUUGCAGUUUGUCACAUCGAUGCUUUGCUUGCCACACCAUGGAAGAAGAUGCAAAGCAAGGCGUUCUUUUUGCUCGUUUUACGCUGCAUUGGAAGCACUGGAAAAGUUACAUGUCAAUGAGGAGGUGUUUGGCGGAAGAAAGAGUUUUGGCCGGUUUGUCUGCUCCGGUCAUCCGGGAUGUUGCAUCAGUGCGUUCCUAUGUUGCUGGCAUUGGUGACACCAGCAGUGCUUUUAGAUGUUUGGAGAAGCUGUUCGGUGGAGCAGAAGGAGCGGAUUGUCGCUAUCAUGACAUGCUGCGCAUCUGUGAGCGCGUUGCCUGGUUCGCAGACUUGUCCGUUCCGUUUCAUUACACUCAGUUGACAUCGCAAGAAUUCUUGGCCUAUAUUCAGACACCGUGGUUGGAGCGUUUCCAGCAGCACUGUGCUGCACGUCGUCUCAGCAGCAGUCGUCGGACAGCUGAGCGUUAUGCUUUGAUGACUGCUUUGGACAAGGAGGAGGACCUGGAAGAUGAUUCGGCACCGCCGGUUAUAGAAGGACACGAGGUCGAGGAUGAUCUGCUAUUGCAAGAAGAGUUGGACAACUUGGAACGUGCGCAGUGGCCGGUGGAUGGAGAAGCAUUGCAUGAAGCUAUGUUUCGGGAAGAGGAUUGGAUGAAGGUGUUGGGCAAUCGAAAGCCAUCUGUAUUGCAGGAUGCGUUGCAGCGUUUGCGUGACUUUGUGAAUGGUUUGGGAGGUGUUCCGGAUGCGAGGAUUGAUUUGGGAAUCAAAGGCAACGCAGCCAGUGGAUUGGAGCGUAAUUGGACGUUCGCCGAAGCCCAGAGGUCUUUGAUGCUGCAGAAGCAAUAUUUGGAAUUUUGCGUUGGAGGUGGUGAAGAGGAUACUGAGAUGAUGGCAGAUCAUGUUUUUCGGCCUUUGCCAGAGACGGAAGAUGCCUUUUUGGUGGAGCUGAACCAGAGGAAUGUGGGUCCGAGUGAUUAUGCUUCUGCCUUGCUUGUGGAGCACAGUCUGAAUCGCCAACAGAUUUUGGCCAUUGCGCCCAUUGCUUGGGUCAUGGAACAGAUGUGGCUUAACCGAAGCAAUCCGGACAAUUGCAUUGCGGAUGGUGCGUGCAAUGAAAGGUGCAAUUGUCUUUGGCUCGGAGCUGGUGGAUCUGGAAAGACGUAUGCAUACAGCAAAGUAUUGAGGCCACUCUUUCGACGCUUCUUUGGACAGGAUGGUUAUGUUGCUGGUGCUCCGACUCACGCUGCUGUUCGCCUCCUGGGGCCUGAGGCCAAAACUUUGCACAAGUGGGCCAAUGUGCACAAGAGCAGCAGCUUGGAUCGCCGCUCCUUGCGUUCGGCGAAGAGCAAGGGCAGCCCGAUCGAAAAGAAGAUCGAAGGCAUCAUGGCUAUGCUGUUGGACGAGUUGUCGAUGGUUCCUUCGGAUGUGUACCAUGCUGCUUCGCUUCGAUUUGCCACUGUUCGACAAGCUCGACUUAUGCUUGACAUGGGCGACUACUUGAAGCAGUGGUUUGGGAAGGUGCCCAUUGGUGUGCAAGUUGCUGACUUUCUACAAUUGCGACCCACUGCGCAAGCAUCCUUGUGCGAAUGGGUGGAUGCGCCACGAGCUACUGAUCCUGCACCGCCUCAAGACCAAGAAGACCAAAGCGAUGCCGAAGAGGCCGUGGAGAAGGAGGCGGCUGAACGCACCAGCAAUGCCUCAGAACUUGGACGGAUCGCGUUCAAGCAAUCGCUCCAGCGAGUUGUGCACUUCACUGGAUCCGGUCGUUUUUCGAAGUGUGCAUCCGGACAGCAGCUUGUGAGGAUUCUUUUGUCCAUGCGGCGAGGCGAACAUCUGGAGGAUGCAUUGUGGGAAGCUUUGGAAUCUCGAGUGAUCAGCCGAGAGCAACUUUUUUCUGACAAUUCCUUGCGCUCAAGGUUGUUGAGUGCUCACUGGGGCGGCCUGGCGUGGGAACAGGUUGCUCGUUUACAGCAUUUGCGGGUGGCUUGGGAAGCUCAACAGAGAUCCACGACUCUUUUCUUGGUGCAAGCUAUUGAUCGUGCAUCGGGGCCCACAGAUUUGACAAGGGAGCAGAGCCUGAAGGCAUUGCAGGUUGUGAACAUGACAAGAACGCAGUAUCUCAUGGGCAUUUGCCCUUUGUAUGAAGGGAUGGCAGCACGUGUUAGUUGCAUUUUGGACAUGCCGAUGCUGAGUCGAGAGUUGCCGGUCAUUGUUCGCUCCAUUAAGUUGCACCCGAAGGAACCUGUAAUUUCAAACAGCAGUGGACGUGUCGUUUUGCAAUAUCAGCCGUUGGCCGUCUUGGUGGAGAUCGAUGACCCGGAAUAUCGUGCCAUUGAAUUGCCAGAUGGCAGUGCUCCGAAGGGACACGUUUGGCUGCGUCCCAUUACAUGUGAUCAGGCCUGGGAUCUUCCUCUUGGGGGCAAUCAAUUUAUGCAGGUUCAUCGCAAACAGUUGCCACUGGCACCUCGUCACGUUCUCACGCACUACGGUUUGCAGGGCAUCACUGCCAGACAAGGGCUGCUUGCUUUCAUGUCCAAACCGUCCUGGAUGAGUCAAGCGGACUAUGGCUUGGCUAUGUACGUGAUGUUGUCAAGGCCAACCAAGCUGGAAGAUCUGUGGAUAGUGGAUUUGCCGCCUCGCAAUGUGUUCGAAAAGUUUCUGCACGAACACAAUCCUCUUUUGGUGCAGCGGAUGCGGGAGUUUGAAGGUCAGGCCUGCGUGGACGAGCGGAAGGCCUGGAAGUAUGUGCAUAGACUUUCAUGGCAGUGCAUCCCUUGGGUGUCACAGCAUUUGUCUGCAGAUGAAAUGUCUGCUGAUCUUUUUGCUUAG